AUGUGGAUGCGAACAGGGGUGCCCGGCGUGAAGGCGGAGCGGAUGGAGGAGGGACUGGCGGCGAAGCACUGCGCGCUGUCCCUGGUCGGGGAGCCCAUCAUGUACCCGCACAUCGAUGCUUUCCUCCGGCUCCUGCAUCGGAGGCGGAUCUCGUCCUUCCUGGUCACCAAUGCGCAGUUCCCGCAGCCCAUGAGGUGGGGUGUUUUCGAUGGAAAAGAAUUCACUUUGCACUUUCGGCUUGCAUGA